AUGGCAUUUGAUGGAAGAGCUAAAUUGUUAGACAGAAGAAAUAUGGUAAGAAAAACUGGUUCUGGAAGUGUUUCAUCUGCCCUUAGAUCAUCUCACAUAAGUAACAACAAUAAAUCUCUUAAGGAAAGCCUUGAUGUAACUCCAUCUAAUUAUGGCAACCUUAAGGACAAUAUGAAUUUUGAUUCUCACAAUAAUCAUAUUUCAGUAACUGGAGAUUUCAUUGAAGAAGUAAAACUAAAAAUUCCCUCAAAAUAAUCAACAUAAAAUGAUUAGCUUCAUCUAAGUUAACCCUCAGAGUAUUCUCCAUCAUCUCCAUCAAAAUUUAUUGACAUGAGAACUUACUAAUAGCUUAUAAAGUCUUCUACAAAGAAUUCUCCUGUAAAUCUGAAAAGAAAAAGUAAAGGUCAUUCUUUUUAGGAAACUGACUAAUUCAAUAAAACAUAUACCUACCUUCUUAAGUUGGUAAAUGAUAAGAAAUCUGAGAGUAAAAAAAAAUUGAGAAUAUUACCAAAAAAGAGCCAACCUAAAUUUUAGGCAUUAACACAGGAAGAAAUAAAAUUAAAUAAAAAGAUUAAUAAGCUUUAAGUUUAAAAUGACAUGCUUCGUUAAAAGCUUAAACAAAUUAGCAAAGAUAUUGAUGUUUUAUUAUAGGAUAAUGUGUUUCUCAAAGCUACAAUAAGUCAGAAAUAAAAAGAAAGAGAAUCUAAAUAGAUAAAGAAAAACUAUUAAACUUAGCUAGAUACCUAAACUAAGGUAGGAGAGAAAAUGCUUGAUCAGCUUUUACAUGAAAGAGCAAGAAUCUAAAUCAGACUUGAAUAACUUAGUAAUCCUAAUUAUCUUAGUGACUUAAUCAAGAAAAAUGAGGAAGCAGAAGUUAAAAUUAAUGAAGAAAAAAUGCUUAAAAAGAAGUUAAACAAUUUACAGAAAACUAAUGGAGAAGAUCUGAUUAAAUUUCAAUAGCAUACUUAGGAGUAACAUUUAAAGUUUGAUAGACAUAUUAAAUAGAUGGGAGAGGAAUUAUAAAGAACUAUUUUAAGAAUCAAUGAAAAAGAAAAAGAACUAUAGGCAAUUGAGGAAAAAGAGAUGGGUUUUAUAAUAAAACAAACUCAAGUUAAACAGAGAUAUGAGGAUUUAAAGAAAAUAGGCGAUUUGAAUAACUCUCCUAUUCAUCAAAAAAGGGAAAGCUAAAUAUAUUUGGCUGAUUAAACUGGAGGUGAAGGGGAUCAUUAUUAAGAAAUGCAAGCAUUAUACAAAAAAUUGCUUGUUGAAAAAUGGGCAAUUCAAAGUAAAACAUAAGCAUAGUAAAAUGAAAUCAAGUUAAAUGAUAAAGCGAUAAGAACAUUAGAAGACUAAAUCAAAGAAAAAUCUUAAAAUUUAAAAAUCACCAUACUCGCAAUAAAAGAAAUGCAAUAACAAAUGUAUAUUCUCCAUGACACAGCUUAAAGUGUAGAUAUUUAUGCGAAAAAAUAUGGCUUCUUAACUUCUUAAAGUUUUGAAAAAUCUACCCCAAAAAAUAAUGCUCCUCGAUCAUAUGAUGGAAGAUCUUCAUCAGUUGGUAUACUGAGCAGUAUUUAAGAGAAAUAAGAACUUUAUCGUGUAGGAAUAAUGAGUAAGUAGCCGUCAGGUUAGAAUUUAACGAUCAAUAAUAGUAAAUAUAAACUCCUCCCUCCACUAUUAAGCAAAGGAAAGAAAAGCAGUCAUAGUAUGAGCAAAAUAAGACUAAGCAGUAAGUUUAUUAAAAGUGAGAUGAAAAAUAAGAGAUAUCUAAACUAAAUUGAUUCAUCUGAUAGGAACAAUACUCCUAAGUAGAUACAGUAGAGCAAUCAUGGAGAUAUUAGGGAACAGUAACUAUAUUCGAGUCGUUCAAAAGCAGAAGACUUUUUGUUCAAAAGUGAGACCAAUUCCCAAAUGGGGGAUUAAAAGUAACCUAACUUAGGAAAUAGAUCAUUUUAAUUGUCUGAAAUUAUACCUGAUAAAUAAGACUAAUCAGUAAUGGAGGGGAACAGCAUCCUCGGUGAGGAGUAUUGA